AACUUGCAGGAAAAAUUGCAUCAAUUUACCAUGACAAUGAGAUUGCACUUGUUCAUUCAGAAGAUCAUUUGCUUAUGGAUAAAUUUUCAAAAAAAAUGACAGAUCUUCUUGCUAAGCAAUCGAGAGAAUUAAAUGUAAAGCUUAUCUUUGAAGAAAAGUUAAUUUUCCUUCUUCUGGAAUUGGCGACGGGUACACGAAUUGAGUCCGACGUUCAAUUCUUAGCUUUUGGUGCGAAGCCCAACAUUGAAGUUAUAAAAAUCUUGGAUCAAUCAUUAAUCGAGCAAAAUGCUACUCUAGUAAAAACUAAGCCAACACUUCAAUUGGAACAUGAUAAUUAUACACAUAUAUUUGCUCUCGGGGACGUAACAAAUAUUAAAGAAUCAAAACUUCUUAUCGUGCUAACCUUCACGCUGAUGUCCUUAGGUCCUGAAACUAUGAUGGUUCCCAUUAAUAAAGGCGCAGCUCAUUUACCAAUUGGUAACAUGGUCGUUGGUAGUUUCAUGCCGAAAAAUUUCAAGGGCAAACUUUUAUG